AAUCGUUUGCGGCUGUUGUUCGUUGGGUCGAUUUGGUCUGUUGGUUGGUAUAGGUUGUUCGGGGUUCACAACAUGUAAACGAAGAAGCAGUUAUGUUCGGUUAUGUUGGUAUUAUAGAAGCCAGGGACAGUUUCGAACCAAGAAAAAGUUGUGUACUUUACUGGUAAAUGACAGAUGUGCAUUGUGUCCAUCCUUUGUCGGCUAGUUAAAAAGCCGUGCUUAUUUGAAUCGUCGCUACCGAUCGCUGUAUUCUAUGGUUGUGACCGUUGUGACCCGUGGUUGAGGGUGUAAAAUUUCCUGUGUGGAGUGACGGACAGAUUGAAUUAUUUCUCUGCUAUACAACAUGAAAUUGAAUUUAUAUAUACAUUAAUGGUAUUUGACAAUUUUUAGACAGUCAUGUUUUAUCACAUUUCGUUGGAACAUGAGAUUCUUCUGCAUCCUCGUUACUUCGGCCCACAGUUGCUGGAGACAGUUAAACAAAAACUGUAUACCGAAGUAGAAGGGACGUGCACUGGAAAGUAUGGCUUUGUAAUAGCUGUAACAUCCAUUGACAGCAUUGGAGCUGGUCUGAUACAGCCUGGCCAAGGAUUUGUCGUGUAUCCUGUAAAGUACAAAGCCAUCGUGUUCAGACCUUUCAAAGGAGAGGUUCUUGAUGCUGUUGUAACUCAAGUAAACAAGGUUGGGAUGUUUGCUGAAAUUGGGCCACUGUCAUGCUUCAUUUCACAUCAUUCCAUUCCAGCUGACAUGCAGUUCUGUCCAAAUUCUAUCCCUCCAUGUUACAAGUCAAAAGAUGAGGAUGUUGUUAUCCAGGCAGAUGAUGAAAUACGUCUGAAGAUUGUAGGUACAAGAGUUGAUGCAUCGGGCAUUUUUGCCAUUGGAACAUUAAUGGAUGACUAUCUUGGUCUGGUGUGCAGCUAGUUAAUGUUUGUAACUCAUAAAUACAGAAAGUGUAUGAAACAUCUGCAGUCUCGUGGCAUUGUGUUCCAUAGUAAUUUGGAUUUAAACACUGUAAUUGUUGUCAUGUAUAAAUUCUGUAUGUGUUUAUAGGGAUAUUUUUCAAAAAAGAAAAGAAAAGAAGAAUGACUGUAAUGCUGGAAUCCUAUAUUCUUACCGAUCAAGACUAGAGUCUCUAGCACAAAUUUUUUAAAUCAAAUUGUCUUUGUUUACAGUUAAUUUCUCACAGUAUCCUCAUGAUAUAUUAGUACAUGUAAAAUGGUGAAAUAGAAAAUCAUGUUUGCAGUGUGUAUUAUCUGCAUUUCUACAGCUAUAUCAAAAUAAGACAUCUCUAAGUUUUUGUAA